AUGACUCUGGGCCGCACCAAUUCGUCAAGGACUGUAGGCGGCUCGACAUCGCACCAGGGGAUUUCGCCGGACCAUCGACAAUCAACAACUCCUGGAUUACAUGUCGGUGCCACUCCACCGCCAGGGUCAUCGCUCUUGAAGAGUCUCCAGAUCUAUUCCACACGGAUUCCACAAGCAUAUAUUACGCCGUUUUGUGGGGCUAGUGCCGGUGUCGCGUCAGGAAUCGUGACAUGCCCCUUGGAUGUGAUCAAGACAAAAUUACAAGCGCAGGGAGGGUUUCAAGUACGGCGGAAUGGCAAGUUGGUGGAAUCCGGGACCCUAUAUCGCGGGAUGGUAGGAACGGGGAAGAUGAUAUGGCGAGAUGAGGGUAUUAGAGGGCUGUAUAGAGGGCUGGGACCGAUGCUUUUGGGAUAUCUUCCAACGUGGGCCAUGUAUUUGACGGUUUAUGAUAGAUCUAGGGAAUAUUUCUCCAAAAGCACAGACAAUUGGUGGUUGGCCCGAGGAUACGCAUCAAUCACAGCAGGAGCGUGUUCGACCAUAGCAACAAACCCGAUAUGGGUGAUUAAAACAAGACUCAUGUCUCAGAGCUUCCGACCCGCAAGUAAUGGAUAUCGAGCCCCUUGGUACUACAAAAACACUCUGGAUGCUGCACGCAAAAUGUAUGCCAGCGAAGGUAUCCGUGCUUUUUACUCUGGCCUCACACCCGCCCUCCUUGGUCUAUCACAUGUCGCCAUCCAGUUCCCACUGUACGAAUAUUUCAAAAUGGCUUUCACCGGAUACGGGAUUGGUGAACACCCCGACGCCGGAAAUCCCCACUGGGCCGGAAUCAGUGCCGCCACUUUCCUCAGCAAAAUAUGCGCAAGCACAGCAACAUAUCCCCACGAAGUCCUUAGAACCCGACUGCAGACACAACAAAGAUCAUCCCCUGCCUUUUCAACUGAAGGAAUCGCUUUUAGAGGUGGCCUCGAACAACCGCAGGAUCAUGGCCGGCCACCAGGCACUGGUGCUGGCGCCUCAUCCUCGGAUGGGAUGCCUAACCGACCCCGAUAUCGCGGUGUGAUUCGCACAUGCCAAACAAUCCUAGCGGAAGAGGGCUGGCGCUCCUUUUAUGCUGGAAUUGGAACGAAUUUGUUCCGUGCUUUGCCAUCCGCUAUGACUACAAUGCUCACAUACGAAUAUCUUCGGAACAUUAUCCAUUGGAUGCAACAUGAAGGUGAAGUCGCUCUAGCUGCAAGCGAGGACAAGUCAUCGGUGUAUUGA